UCCUCUCUUUCUCUAAUCUUCCUGCCUCCUCCUCCUCCUCCUCCUCCUCCUUUCAAGGAACUUUAAAAAAAUUAUUUGCAGAUCAAGUGGUAAUCAUAUAAGGACGGGGUCUCGCAGGCUUUUCAACUAGAUGAUCCACAAAUGAGAAGGAGGAAAAGAUGGAGCUGCAUAUCUUAGAACACAGACUGAAAGUAGCAAGUAUAGCCAAGGACGGCAUCCAGUUGUUUACUCAUGGAUUAAUAAAACUUGCUUUCCUGCCUUCAAAGACAAGGUGCAAGUUCUUCAGCUUAACUGAAACUCCUGAAGACUACACCAUAAUCGUCGAUGAAGAGGGCUUCAAAGAACUGCCGAGGUCGGACCUCCUGAGUGUGGCUGAUGAGAUGUGGCUGGCGUUGAAUGUUGUGUCUGGUGGUGGAAGUUUCUCCAGCUCUCAGCCAAUUGGAGUCACCAAGAUUGCCAAGUCAGUUAUUGCGCCACUUGCAGACCACAAUAUCUCCGUGUUCAUGCUCUCCACCUACCAAACAGACUUCAUCCUGGUACGGGAAAGAGAUCUGCCCCUAGUUAUGCACACUCUCUCAGCAGAAUUUACCAUCCUCAGGGUCGUAAAUGGGGAGACAGUUGCUGCUGACCACUUAGGAAUCACCAAUGGAUUUGUGAAGCCAAAACUAGUUCAGAGGCCAGUUAUUCAUCCACUGUCCAGUCCCAGUAACAAGUUCUGUGUCACCAGCUUGGACCCCGAUACGUUACCAACUGUAGCCACGCUUCUCAUGGAUGUCAUGUUUUAUUCUAAUGGUGUAAAAGAUUCUGCGAUAGGCAGUGAGGAGAGUGGUCACAUUCGGUUCUUCUCCUUUUCCCUCAUCGAACGCUAUAUCUCGCUAGUAAUGGACGUACAGACACAACAGAGGUUUCCAAACAAUCUACUGUUCACAAGUGCGUCUGGUGAACUUUGGAAGAUGGUUCGAAUAGGUGGCCAGCCUCUAGGAUUCGAUGAAUGUGGAAUCGUGGCUCAGAUUGCAGAGCCCCUGGCUGCAGCUGAUAUCCCUGCAUACUACAUCAGUACCUUUAAGUUCGAUCAUGCCCUGGUACCUGAAGAAAAUAUCAACAGUGUGAUCAAUGCUCUUCAAGUAAGCCAGAACAAGAAGCAUUAGCUGGGGAACAAAGAUUCUGCCGUUUCUUCCUCGCACGAUCGCAUUAAUGACAGAUUUACUCAGCUCAGCACCAGCAAAAACACUCUACUCUCCUGAUGUGACGUGCAGCAUUAUAUUUUCCAUUGGCUCCUGUAUCUUUAACAUGAAAAGUGCUCCAUCACAAAUAAUUGCCUACUCAUUUACUGAUCUCAAAAUGACCCCACUGGACAAAAUGAACCCCACUGAGGUGCCAACUGGCAGUUUAAAAUAGCCACCAAUCUAAUGGUGCUGGUACACGAACCUGGUUGGCUGAAGUCGUGGCAGAUAUAACAAUUUUGCAACUUCCGUGUCAAAUCUCCAAAUAACUUAUUUUGUUGGAAUUGUUACCUAAACAUGGACUUGACUGCAUGAACUUUGCCACAGUCUGCGGACGAUUAAAACAGAAACAACAGAUUGGUGUGGGAUUGCGAAUUCCCAGUUUGCUCUUCAAGCAAAGCCAUGCCUUUGGUUUUUCAAUAGUCUUAACUGUUUUCCAGAAGUCUGACUCACAAUAUCUCAUCAAACCUGCAUCAGUUUCCUUCUUGGUUUUCAUCUCUGUUCAUUUCUGUAAAAUUACUGUAGCUGUUUGGGACUUCCAAUACUCACCAAUUUCUGCUAACCAAGAGAAUAGGCCAAAUAAUGGUGUUUGACUGUACCCCAAUGGGAAAUGUAUUCUAACCAGCCUCCUGCAGAAAUGAAAGUGGUGGUGCUUUACCACAUGGACCACUGAUAGAACUCAUCCAGCUGAGGCAAAUAAAUUUAAGCAACCGAGGGAAACUGUGAUGCUCUUAGUUGGAAUCAAAUUCGCAAUCGUUCUCGCAAUCUCUUACUGGUCCAUGAGACAAAACAAUAUAGUUUUCAGUGCUCCAGCAGGCACCAAAUUUCAUUGCAUGUUUCCUGUCGUUUAAAUCUGAAGGAAUUUGGAAUGACUUUCUGAAUAACAUGGCAAAAACGUCUGAACAGUUCAUCUUAAAACUAUCAUUUUGGAGAAAAGUGAGUCAGCAAUAGAGAUAGAUAAACAGAAAGUGUUGGAAACGACUACAGGUCAGGCAGCAUCUGUGGAAGAAGAAGCAGUUAAUGUUUCAGUUCAAAUACCCGUUAUCAGAACUGGGAGAGAGAAGGUAUGUUGAUUUUAAGUUAAAGAUGAAGUGGUGUAAGGUUAGGAUAGAAACUACCUUUAAAUAUCUGAGGCCAGCGUUGUCAUGGGGACACGCCAUAAUCAAAAUCAUCUAGUUAAUGGGUUAAUGGGGCCAACAGAGAGGGAGAACAUGAACAAAGGGACAGAAAAGCCGUGAGCAGGGUUUUCCUUUCUUUGCAGUGUUUUGAAUGAAGUGUUCCCUUCAUAACUCCCUGGUCUGCUCUUCCACUGUCCACCAACCAAUCCCAUUCUGUUGUAUAGGAACCAGAGAAAUGCAAUACCUGUAAUCGCUUCCCCUCCCACCAAAAGAUCAGGUGAUUCACUUGCACUUCCUCCACUCCAGUGAACUGCCUUCGGCAUUCCCCACAUGGUCUCCUCUACACUGGAGAAACCAAACAUAAGUGGGCGAUUCUUUGUGAGUGAUCCUGAGCCACAUUAAUUGGCCACUCCAGCGAUGACCUAUGUGCCGUUGGCCUUCUGUGCUGUUACAACAAAGCCCAACAUAAUCAGCCAUGAUGGAAUGGCCAAAUGGCCUAAUUCUGCUCAUGUGUCUUGUAACCUGAGAAUCGGUGCUUUGCCUUCCCACUGUGCUUGUUGUAGCCUUCCAGAUUCAAUAUCGAAUUCAAUGGUACACUUAAUGUAAAGAAAUGUAUACAAUAUACACGCUGAAGUUCUUUUUCUUCGCAAAAUCCACAAAAACAGAGGUGUGCCCUAAAGAAUGAAUGACAGUUAAAUGUUAGAACCCCAAACUCCCCUCUUCCCCGUUCAAAAGCAGCAGCAAAGCAAGGUCCCCCCCAACAAAAAAGCAUCAGCGCCCACCGAGCACUCAAGCGUGCAGCAAAACAUCAAAAAAAAACGCAGACUUGUAGUGCCCCAGACUACUCAUUUACCCGGUAAUUUGACACAUCACAGGUUCUCUCUCUCUCUCUCUCUCCCUAAUAAGGGAAAAAGAGGUGUCCUGGUUUCACAGCGAGAGAGGACAAAUAGGAAACAACUCGCUGACUUGCGAUGUUAUAAGUCUGUUGUGUUGCUACUUCCGAGCUCUGUGCCCAAAGAUCUCGGGUCUCUGGGCACACAGCCAGCUCGCUGCUUUUGAUCUUCCAUCUCCCACGAUGCACCAGGCGGCGGCACCAGCCUUGAAUCUGCCAGCCUCCAGAGCCAUGAAAAUCCGGCACCCUGAAGGUGCGCUAGUCUUCCAGGCCGCGUUCCACAACAUCAGUUAACUUGCUUUCUCUGUACCAAAACUGGCUGGCCUAUCACUGACAAAGAUUGUUCUUCUCUUACAGUGCGACCUGCUGCAUGCAUCCCACAGAACCACACUUCUCAAAUUUUAUGUUCCUUGGUUCACGUUUUGUCUCUCUGUAACAGCCCCCAUCAACCACCUUUAUAGCUUAUCCCCAUGGCAACCUCAGCAUCAUUUCAUCAGGGAAAUUGCCUGUGAAUUAUCUAUCCCUCCUCCACUUUGUCAGUAACUUAAACCAGCUUGUUUUUUUCUCUUGCCCAGAUCUGAUGAAGGGACUUCAAGUUGAAGCGUUAACGCGGUUUCUGUUUUCACAGUUGCUGUCUGACCUGAAGACGGUUUCCAUCAUUUUCCGGUUUUAUUGCAGAUACCUAAUGUCUGCAGCUGUUGAACUGUAAGCACUGAAUUACUCAAGCCUUUGGUUCUGUGGAAUUAAACCAACAAAAACGGUUGCAGUUUUAGGUUGCUUUAAUUUGUUGAAGGUGGUACAGAUGGAGCGGUACUGCAUGGAAAAUUAGCUUGCAGCCUAAUUUGUACUGGUGACCAAGUUGCCUGACUGAGUUUGUCCCUAUUUGCCUGUAUUUGACCCAAUCCCUUUAAACCUUAACCUUGUUUAAACCUUUAAGCAGUCCUGACGAAGGGUCUCAGCCUGAAACGUCAACAGUGCUUCUUCCUAUAGAUGCUGCCUGGCCUGCUGCGUUCCACCAGCAUUUUGUGUGUGUUGCUUGAAUUUCCAGCAUCUGCAGAUUUCCUCGUGUUUGCCCUUUAAACCUUUCUUAUCCGCAUGACAGUCCAAAUGCCUUUUAAAAUGUCAUAAUUGUACCACUCUACCACUUCUUCGGGUAACUGGUUCCAUGUAAGCACCCCCCACCAUGUGAAAAAAAAAUUGCCCCUGGGGUCUCUUUUAAAUCCUCCACUCUCAUUUUCCACUUAUGCCCUCAAGGUCUGGAUUCCCCUACCCUGGGGGAAAGACUUCACGUAUUCACCUCAUCUCUGCCCCUCAUGAUUUGAUAAAGCUUCUUAAGGUCACCCCUCAGCCUGCGACACUCCAGGGAGGAGCCCUCACCUAUCCAGCCUCUCCUUAUAACCCCAAGCCCUCUUGCUCCAAUUCAGUGGCAUUCCUGUGUUGCACAAGGCGUGCUAUUGGGAGAAAACAUGAUCAGAAAAUAAUUUCAACAAGUGCUGCUCCAAAGCUUCCGUGUGUGUCACAGCCUGAACAGCCGGGUUAUUAGUUCUGUGUCCACUGUACAGUGUAUGACAGAUUUGGUCUGACCUAAAGCAGGCCUUGUAAAACCUCUCCAGAGGACAGAGGGAAUGGCCCAUAUUAUCUCACUGGCUAUGUUACCAGGGUGAGAACACCAACUAUGCAGGUAGCUGCAGCCCUGCUGUGAGGCUGUAAUAAACUUUGAUCUCCUCUUCCUAAGAUUAGCAGGGCAUAUUGCUGGGUAAGCUUGAUAGCUCCAGGAUGAUGUCCUGGUUUAGCACUUGUUCCAGCUGAUGCGGGAGGUAUUUACUGCAUGAAGUCAAACUCAAAUCUGUGCCUGGAAUGAUUCCAGCAUGAUUGGGCACAUUACUAAUUAUUAUGCCAGAAAAUAGCAUCUAAGAAUGAUAAGAAUCAUAAUUUCUAUCCACAGUUUUCAUUUUUCCCACAUCACAUUACCUUUUAACUGCAACUUCCAGUCAGGAAAGGCGUAUUGGACAUUACACACGGCAAGAGGACCCAGGCUGAGCCUACGGACCUGCCUUUUGAUCUGACCCCUCUUGAUCGAUUGCAUUCUUUCUACCUCACCCGCUGUCUCAUUUCCCCUUAAAACACACGCAUUUUCUUGAGAUGCUUUGCGCAGUCGCAUAAUUCUGCAGAGGACCCGUCUCGCGGUUUCUUAGGCGUGGCUCUGUGCCCUGAUACAUCGUAGGUGUUAACCCUUCUCCACAGUGAUGAACAGUUGUUGACUCACGCUCAGCCGCAAGUGGCGUUGCCUCCACCAUUUUAUCACUCUUGCGACUUGUUUAUUUAAACCUACGUAAUUAUACUUCUUUGGUCAGUAGCUUUGCGGUUGUAUUUUAAUGAGCUGUCUUUGAUUUUCAGGUAAACAGAGGUCUGAUUCAAUGAUAGGUAUCACCCAAGACUAAGAGUAACGAAUGUGAAAUAUUAUCUAAUGCACUUUACUUGUGAAUUUAUGCUCACUCCAGGGUUAACCCUUCAUCUUCUAUGAUGGGGGUUGAGGCCUGGGACUGAUCAGCCAUGAUCAGAUUGAAUGGUGGGGUAGUCUUGACGGCCUGAGUGGGCUACUCCUGCUCCUGUAUUGUUCACUUUUCCUUUGAUUGUGUCUCAGUAACGUUACUUAACAGUUGGGUCAGUUGUCAUUCACAGGCUUGUAAUUUUUCCAUUUAUUGCAUUCGCAUAGUUGUGGUUAGUAGAUCACUGAAAUGAUUAUUCUUUUAACGAAGUUAUUUCUAAAGGUUGAUAAUUCACCCCAGAGUACAACAGUUCUCUAUUGUCUAAUUCAACUGCUGUUUACACUGUAGCCAGUCUUCUGACCCAAUUCAUCAUGCAACUGUAUUUCCAAUAUUGGAGUCCGCUGCACAAUGGGCUUCACAUUGCAAAUAUUAUUGAACUUGUCUGUACCUUCCUGUUGACAGUCUUGAGUUGUCAGCAUUUCCUGUAAAGUGCCAGGAGCUGUAUUUGCACACCGUCUCUGAUAAAUUCACAUUUAGAGAAGCAUAGAAAUCAUUCAGAAACAGAGCAAAAAAAAUUGAAAUAAAGCACUUUUCAUUUGAAAGUUAGAUUAGUUUCUACCUCAGAACUCAGGAGUCCUUCCUUGAUUGAGUAAGCCUUUAAUUCCUACAAUCUGCUUUCCCACUCUGCUAUGAGCAUAGCUGGGAAUGAGUCCUCAGAUAUUAGCAUCUAAAGUUCUCAGCACUUCACGUGAGCAGUCACUAUUUGAUUGUGGAACACAAUAAGAUGACCCAGUACACUUCCCCGUUUCAUUGUGAGCCCUUUCACUGUGGGGAAGGCAUUCAUCACCAAAGCUGCUUACAUCACUGAUCAGUUUCCUAUUCCAGUGUCGCAAUGGAUUCCCUUCAGGGGCUUAUUUCCUGGGCUUAUGUAAAGGCAACAUUGACUUAACCAAUCAAGUGUUUGGCAAAGAAGAAGCACACAAUCUUGAAUAGGUCACUCGAUUCCAGUUAAGGCGUGGCAGAUGCUGAGGGAGAGAGCCGAAUUCUUGGAGACUUCAAGGCAGCAGAUUUUGUGAUUUUCUACACUGGAGAACUCCCGGGAACACUCACGCUCCUCUUAUGUGACAAAGGAAGUGGUUUCUUUUGUCUGGAGGUCUCUUCAUUACUAAGGGGCUUCACCUUAGCAUGAGAGCUAUUGCUCUGCCAACAUCCCAUAGAAAAGUCGUGUAGUUCCUCUUGGCAUAACUAAAUUCCAGUUUGUGUUCGUUGACAGGACUUUCACCUUCUCUAGACUAAUAUCAAAGAUGAAGGAAAAGGGUAUUCAGAGUUUGCUUUUAACAGCCUUUUCACCUGCAAAGCACGGAAUUGUGAUGUGAGGUGAACUAGGAUUCCAAAUCAUCCUUGAGAAAAAUGUCAUCUGCGACUGCAGACCUUCAUCAAAAGUGUAGAAAACAGAUUUAACCCCAAUUUGGUCACAAGGUAUAUAGACCUGUCUAACUUUCAUCCAUCUGUUGCUGGGAAUUAUUUGUAGUCAUCCAUUGAUCUGUGAAAGAGUCUUGGAGAAUCAAACAAUGUUAAUCCUUUAAUCCUUCCAUAGGAUUUGAACUCAGUGCUUCAAACACUUGUGUUGCCUUCCAUAAUCCCAUGGUUGGCUUUGCUUUGAUAUUUUUGUAGAAGACCAGCUUUUUAUCUGUACUGAUUUCUUACAAAAAGAAUCAAAGUGCCAGGUAUUUAACUGGUAAAGUCUUGAUGCUUCAUGACCUCAGAAUAGGUUGAUCAUUGCUUAUUGCCAAAUUUUUGUCCCAACGCAGUUUGGAACAUCAUCUUGAUUAAACACCGAAGACUGGGUCCAAUAGCAUUGUUUAAAUCUUUUUUAAAUCCCCUCGGCUUGUUUCAGUUUCAAAGGCAGCAAAACCUUUUCAUUUGUAAACUCUGCCAAAAGCCAUGCUGGUUGAAUGUAACUGUUUCAAAGGAAACGGUGCUUCAAUAAUGUAAUCUCCUAUGAUAUUCCCGGAGUUUUGUCACAUUAAUUAAUGUUACUGGUGCUCUCUACAUUUGCAUUUUAGGCUUAUAUAAACUUCAGAAAAAGCCCAUAUUUGUGAAAGGAGAAACUUCUGUUCCUUAUUUAUUUUGUGGGAUUUUUAACUCCUGUGGCUUAUUUCCUAUCAGUUCAUUUUUGCCCUUGCAGUAAUGUUAGUAACCAGAAUUUUUGAACGGAUACCAUACAGUAUGAAUUUCUCUCUGUUUGGCUAGCCUCCCGAUAAUGUGAAGUUAGCAUUGUUUUAUUGAAUGAUUGAUAAUAAUAAGCAGCAAGGUCAAAGAGAUCUGUGUUCUUGUUGAAUCAGUUAUCCUAAUUUAUGACCAGUCACACUACAACUAACUUAUUAGCCUGGGAAGGAAAUAUUUACAAAAUGUAUAAUUAUGUUACCCAUCUGGAAAGUAGAUCCUGCCAUAAGUUCCAGGCAGGCUGACAAUCAGGGUUCAGCUGCAUCUUGAGGCGAUGGAACCACAUUCCAAUAAACCUUCUACAACUGGAUUGGAACCCACUGUACGUUAUAGUCAAGGAUUACUGGUCGGAAUAAAAUUGAGCUUCUCAAUGUAAAUUUUUUCUUGGUGUAUCAUCAACUAUGAUCUUUCUAGUUAUUCAUUGCAGUAGUAAUUUUCAUUGAAAAAUUACUUCAAACUGUCUGUGGUUUAAAUGAGCAAUACCUUAUAAUAAAGACUGGUGAGACUUUUAAGUGGAGCUUCAACCAUGCUCAAUACUGAACAUCUAAUCAGAUUGUAUUGUUCAGGCAGGGUGAUUUUAGUGACAUCUCAUUAAUUUUCCCCCUUUGCACCAACUAGAUCAGAAUAAUGUGGUGCUUUUAAUUUAUGAUGCUAACAAUGUGAUCUCAUUUAGUUUUGAUUAUACAUCUGAUUGCUUUGCUGUAAGUCGAAGAACAUUACAUGUUUUUAACAAGCUCAUUCUUGCAUGAAAUUGUUUGUAUGUAACCCUCUUGAAGGAGAAUAACAUAGCGGGGUUAAUACUGGAAAUAGUGGAUAAUUACUCCUAGGGAAAUAGCAGGUGUUUACUAUUAUUGCAAUAAUUUAGAAAUAGGCAAUCACCUCAUGUACACUACAUAUAGUCUCAAUCCACAUAUUGUGCAAACUGUGGUAGAAAGACUAGGAGACCAUGGGUGUAGAUUUCUACUUCAGCUGGGAUGCAGUGUGUUGAAUAAUCCAUGCAAAAAGCAGCUGAUCUACACCACCACCAAAAUUAUCAAUUCUGUGAAAUGAGUCUGGUGAAGAUGUAGACACAAGACCAUAAGACAUAGGAGCAGAAUUAGGGCAUUUGGUCCAUCGAGCCUGCUCUGCUGUUUCAUCAAGGCUGAUCCAUUUUGCUCUCAACCCCAUUCUGCUGCCUUCUUCCCAUAACUUUUCAUGCCCUGGCAAAUGGAGAACCUAUCAACCUCCAUCUUAUAUACGCCCAGUGGCCUGGCCUCCACAGCCGCCUGUGGCAACGAAUUCCACAGAUUCACCACUCUCUGGCUAAAGAGAUACUUUCUCAGCUCUGUUCUGAAUGGGCAUCCCUCUAUUCUAAGACUGUAUCUUCUGGUCCUAGACUCACCCACCAUAGGAAACAUCCUCUCUACAUCCACUCUAUCCUGGCCUUACAACAUUUGAUAGGUUUCAAUGCGAUUCCCCCCCCCCUUCCAUUCUUCAGAAUUCAAGCGAGUACAGGCCCAGAGCCAUCGAUCACGCCUCAUACGAAACCCCCUUCAUUCCCGGAAUCAUUCUCAUGAAUCUCCUCCGCUUCCUCUCCAGCUGUGAAAGUUUGUGCUUCUUUGAGAAGACUCAAACUUUUCCCCCAGCAUGUAUGCAAAACAAAGAAGGUUCUGUUGAGUAACCCCUUUUCUUCUAAAUAGUUAAGAUUUGCUUAGAUUGGAGGUAAUACCACUUACACAAUAGGCUCUUCUAAAGAUGGUAUUUGUUCUGUGGGCGCCAUUGGGGGAGAACAAUAAAACAUUGGCUUUUCCUUAUAAAAUAUAGGUCUGAGAUGAAAUCCUCAAGCUUCAUAAACAUUAUGUUGGUGGCUCUCUAUGCCAACAGCCGCACCCAUGUUGGGGCCGAUCGCAGUAAUUUUCGUUAGCUAUGGAAAUUGUAGUUAGGUUGGCUCCAAACCUGAUCAGACUAUUAACUUCGGUAUGCUAGUGAAACAGGGGAGGCCGUCCUAAAUCGUCAAAGGCAGCAAACAAUCAACGUUGUUGACUCCAAAGGAGCUGUUUUGUGUCCUGAAAACACUUGGGAAUGGAACAUUGUUCUCAUACUCCCUGCACAAACCCCAGAACAGUCAGAAACUUUGAGGAUUAUCCCACAUAAUGUUAGAACAGGGUUCAUUAAAGCACUUCUAAAUCCAUAUUGAGAAGAUGCUGGACAUUAAAUAGUAAUCAAAUGAAUUUUAAUUUGAUUAUAACAGGGUUUUGUUUUAGCCCUAAAAUGGAAAGCUUGUGAAAUCUUUUAUUCCCAUACAGAAUAAUAUGUGUCGGCUGUGUCUUCACAUUAAAGCUCAUGAUGUAUAGAACUAUUUAAUUGCUAGUUUCUAUUUAUGCAUUUUACUUCAUCAAGCAAACAAGGUGAAUACAAAUGAAGAACGCUGUAGGUGUGAAAUUACACUCUAGGACACAGGUAUCAAAAUGGUUGAUGUGUGUGACUCACCAGCCUCUCACAUCCCAAUCAGGUUUAAUGUCACCAGCAUAUGUCCUGAAAUUUGUUAACUUUACGGCAGCAGCACAACAAAAUACAUGAUAGAUAAAUAUAGAGAAAAGAUACUGAAUUACAGCAAGUGCAUAUACGUUUUCUAAAUAUAUGGGCUCCUUUGGUCAGAGUUGACCAUGGAUGUUGCAUCCUGGCUGUCUAGAUACACAAGCUUGGGCAGUACAAUGUGGAGAGCAAGCUGUUACCCAUGUAGCAAGCUGCCUCUCUCCAUGCAACUGAUGAACCCAAAGGAACAGCAGAGACCAAUACAGUUUGGAACCAGCAGCGUCACAAGAGUUGCCAGUCAGUGUUGAACUCAAUGUAGAACUGCCUUAGGGACUCCAGCUGCAGAUUUUUCCCUCGGGGUUUACUCCCAAAGCCUUCCCCAUGAGUGGGUAUAGCUGCAAGGCAGUGGAGGUUUGAGAUCAGAGUUUUCCUUCUCGAUGAGCUGCCAACCACGGCUGACAAGCCCCUUUUGCCCGAAGCGACUGGUUUUAAGGCACCAGUAACCAGCCUUUGCCUCUUCUCCUGUCAGUAGAAACAGGUCUGCCAGGCUUACCAGCUAAGACGCACGUGACGGCCAGAGCUGGACUUGGUUGUCAGAGCCUAUUUGAGGCGCAAGCCAUUGGGAGCAUUUAAUAGGUAGUGGGGGCUUGUCCCCAUUGCCACCCCCAGCUAUAACAACCUUAAAUAGUUAAGUUAAAAUCAGCAGUGCCAAAAAAAACAAAAUAAAAAGGUAGUGAGCUGGUGUUCAUGGGUUCAAUGUCUGUUUACAAAUUGGAUGGCAGAGUGGAAGAAGCUGCUCCUGAAUUGUUUGGUGUAUGCCCUCAGGCUUCUGCACCUCCUUCCCAACAGUAACAAUGAGAAGAGGGCAUAACUUGGGUGGUGGGGGUCCUUAAUGAUGAAAGCCACCUUCUUAAGGCACCGCUCCUUGAAGAUGUCUUUGAUACUACAGAGGCUAGUACCCAUGAUGGAGCUGACUGAUUUUACAAGUAAACUUACAGGCAUUAUGGCAGAGAACUUGUUCAUUUUAAUGAAUAGGAAAUUAUGGGCAGGACUUCCAAAGUUUCUCAGGCCAAGAGAUAAACCUAGAUCCUUUACAUUAAUAGCUAAAUCAUCCCUGAUAAGUUUGAAGGCUCUCACUCUGUUCUUCAGCCUUUUUAUUAAACAGUAUAAAAAAACAUGAUGAGAAAUUUCACACUAACACACAGCCUUCAAAGAAUAGUACACAGCUCAGGGCUUGUCCUAAUCACGAUGGGCGUUGUGAAAUCCUUCACAGUUGGUGUUCACUGAUAACACAGUGCAGAUCUCAAAUAGGUUACACUGCUUUUGAAGGAACCAAGUCAAAAAGAGGAUAAAUAUUUGGAAAUUACUACACAAAGAUGUAACUUGAAUACCAACUUUGCAGUGUGUAGGAAUGUUACGCAUGCAAUCUAACCUAGAAACAAGGAACUGUGUGGUAUUAGCAUUACAAAUAGAAAAUCGUAUGUAAUUUAAGAAUCCUAACAUGAAAAUUAACUUUCAAAAUAUGUCUGAUUUCUGGAUGUGGUGCUUUUACUCUGCAGUUCUUCCUAAGUCCUGAUUUCUAGCUUGUUAAUAGCCUCACUUGCAGACCAACCGUAGCAUAUGUUUUGAAUUAAAAACCGGUUCAGAUCACUUAUGAUUUGAUUUUUUUCCCCAGCCAAUCUCCAGAAUUGAAACGAUUUCCAGUUGAUUCCAUUGACUAUUGCAUCAGGGAAAAUGUGAUAUGGUUGUUUCCACAAAUGAGAAGUUUGAAAGUAAAGUUUGAACCGUCUGAUACUUUGAAACCUUCUCCCCAGUUUAUCAAGGCGGGCACAGUCAGAACUUCGCUGUUAUUCUCAAUUUCAGUUAUAACAAAAACACAUGGAAACGUUCUAAUCCUAACCCUCUGAGUCACACAAGGUAAAUAAGUAUUGGAAGAAAGUCAAUGUAGCUUAGGGAAGGCUAGUUGUUUUGUGGAGAAGUUCUGUGGAGUACUAAAUGUUGCUUAUUUAGAAAGCAUUUGGUGCUUGCUGAUGUAACCACGACCGUGACGUUAUUUUCAAGUUGUAUGGGUGUGCUGUCAUUUUCAGAAAAUAUGAGUGAAUGUGUUGGAGGAGGGAACUGAGGCUCUAGGAAAGUGCUGAGUGAAAUUCAAAGUGAGCCCACUAAAUGCAAAGGAACAUUUAGGCCCAGGGCUGUCCAGUUGUUACUGACGAGCUGCUUUUAGUACUGCUUGAUUUGGAAGAGUAUCACUAGUUGGCAAUGGAAAGGUGUGAACGAUUGAUAUUGGGAUGGUGGUGUGACUUGGUCAUAUCUAUGCUUGUCUGUUUUUUAGCUACUUCAUUGAAUUUUUAUGUCUAAAUUUCUAACUUGGGCUGAGUGAUACUGUGGUAUAUGAAUCAUCUGACAUUCUGCCUGAGAAUGGGGAGAAUUUGCAGCAGAGUAACUGUAUAUUCCGUCUGGGUAGCCUCCAACCUGAUGGCAUGCAAAUCUAUUUCUCCUUCCAGUAUUUUUCCCUUCCCCCUCCCCUCUUCUAUUUCCCAAUCUGGCACCUUACCUCUUCACACCUGCCCAUCUCCCCCCCCCCCCCCACCUCCCUUUCUCCUACGGUCCACUCACCACCUCUCCUAUCAGAUUCCUUCCUCUCCAGCCUUUCCCACCCACCUGGCUUCACCUAUCCCCUAGCUAGCCUCCGUCCCCCACUCCCAUCUUUUUGUUCUGCUAUCUUCCCCCCUUCCUUUCCAGUCCUGACGCAGGGUCUCAGCCCAAAACGUCGACUGCUUAUUCAUUUCCAUAGGUAUGGCCUGAGCUGCUGAACUCCCCCAGUAUUGUUGUUUGGAUUUCCAGCAUCUGCAGACGUUCUUGUGUUUAUUGUUAUUAUAGUCGGACUCUCUGUACUGUCCUUACUCCUUGAUGUUUCCUCAGUCAAUAUUAAGAAUACUUGACCCUUUUUAAAAGAUCUCAUUCCUCGGUCCAACCUUAUAAUUAUUUUCUUCCUUUUAAAGUGUAAGAGUGAACUUGGAACUUCCCCAUCAAUUGGGAAUGGGUAGUAGAUCAUUAACCGACAGUUUUAAACUGGGCCGGAGUAUUCCUCUUGACUUUAAAAGCAAUAGGAAAUUGGAUGUAGUGUAAAGCUAGCUAUUGAUAUGUCCAGUUUCACACGGGCAGCUUCACUCUGGUGUUUGUGCCUGACCGGUUAUUUGUGAUGUUCUAAUAACCCACCAGAUUGCAGCUGGAUUUAAUGCUGAUGAUAGGCUGCUGUUGCCAUGAUGAAAACCUGCAUUCGCAUCUUGGAAGGAGUUGGCCUCCGUCGAUUUGUACCCAUACACACACACACAAACUGUGCAGAAAAUACUGAAUAAAGCAGGGAACACAGCCUAGAAGGGAAGAAGGUUAAUUCCAGGUCAUUCACCUCCCUUCAGAACAGUUGCAGCAUUUUCUGUUCCCCUUUCAGGUUUACAGUCCUUCCAUAUUUUGCUCUUGUAUAUUAGGUUACAUGAUCUUGACUAUAAAUUGCCAUACUAAAACUAGCUUUAUCGUUUGAUGCUGUGUCCUUGGUAGGAAGCUCCAGCUGGUAGAAGUACCUCUCAGUAGGGGCUAAUCGGAAUGAAUGUUCACCCACUUGUUCAAAUGACCCGAAGCUGGCUUGCACACCUACCCCGAUGUUUCAGUGCGUUCCUCCGACACCAGGGCUCACUGAUAGGUGCAUGCCAUUUAAAACAUUGGUUCGUUUAGCAAAUAUGGUCCUACACUACAGCUAGUUUUUCAUUUUCACUCAGUAUUGAAAAGAGGAUUUCCAGCUUGCUGGAAUCCUAAUUGAAGCUAUCAAUUGACUUCCAUCCAUUAAUCCAUUCCCAUUGUCCUGCACGUCAUCAUAACUAGAUACAGUAGCAAGUAUUUUUCAAAAAGGCAAUGCAGCAUUUCAGCGACACUAAAGGGCAAGUGAGGAAGGAGAGUAAUUUUUAAAUAUGGAUUUCUCAGUAGAUUUUGGAAUACUGUAUUUUGAUUUGAGUGCCACCCACAGUGCUCGAGUGCUUCUUGCUGAACAAACCUGUGGGGUGGGGGGAAGAGUGGUUGUGGGCAAUUUCCGUGACAGGGUCACAUCACUGUCGCCCUCUGGCUCACAAAUUCCCAUUUGCCGAUCGUGUUCGAAUUGCCUUCUGCUGCAAUUAAGUGUUUUUAAUGAACUUAGUGAUUUUUAAUUUUUUUUUCCUGAAAGAAUUUGGAAUUAAUAGUUGUGAAUUAUUUGAAAGGAGCAAAGCACACCAGCAUAAACUGGAAUUAGGUAGUGUUCAGAUUGUAUCCAAUUUAGAUUUUUUAAACUUGCAAGUUAACGUAGUUAAUUUCUGUUCAUUUUAGUGAGGUUGUUCUGUGAUUAUUCAAAACUUAUAUGAUGCGUUAGAAGCCACAAGUGUGCAGAACAACUCUUUGCAGUUAUAUGUUAACUUGCAGCAAUAUAUAGGUAAAAAAGUAGUCUCUUGGAAUAAAAUUUAAUAAGAUUUUGAAUGUUUUGACAGUAAAAUGCUUUAAUCUUACUGUGGUGCUGUAAUGUAAGCAGUGGAGAAUCCACUUGAUCAGUAUUCAUAAAACAUCUUAAUGACAGAUGUUCUUGCGUGCGUGUGUUUACAGAAAUUGUUCUGUGUCAUGAUUAGGUUGUAUGUUGUUUGCACAGUAUUGCACAAAUAGUGACUGCUUUGACCACAGAUGGAUCAAUGGGAUACAGGAGCAGACAGGAAGGUUGGUAACCCUGCUAAAAUUUGACAGCCAGUCACUGUUUUGCUCACCACUCAGUUCUAUUGAUUGGACAUCCUCUGGCUAACAGCUACCAACUCUCAGCUAAUUGACUAAAACCUAAGCCAACUGACGGUUGUUGACAAGGAAUGGGCAAAGAGCUCCUUCAUCACCACGAUGCUCAUCCGCUUCAGCAAAGUGGAACCGCAGAUAUUUGCACAUGACCAAUAUAAAUAACCAUAGAGUGGACGUGAAGCCGAAAUCCAGUUAAAGUGCAUUUAGAAACUAGCUGACUGGAGAUUUUACUUGUUCUGUUGAUGAUGUCAAGACUCAGGAGCUUGGUAUAGUUUGCAGUUUUGUUCAUUCAUGGAGGAUGAGUCUCAUAUUUAUAAAUCUUGCAAACUAACUCAAAUAAUCUGUUCUCCCAGGGGAAAUAAUGUCCGAAUAAUGCCUUUCAAUAGUUAACACCUUGCAGGUGGUCAGCACCCAUUCUAUUAAGACUGAGAUAAGGAUGCCUGUCUGGCAGUUAUUAUUAAACAUAAGCUGAGUUGAAUCUCAGUUGGUUCCCAAUUAACAACCAAAGAAAUGCGAGCCUAUGGUGUCGCUAUUAAUAUUCCAUCCGCCUUCAGUCCCCAGUUUAAUUUGGUGCGGUUCAAAUCAAGAAAAGGUGCUCUGUACAAAUCUCAUCCAGACGUCCAUGUUGGUGAGGGAUAAACUGAUUGUAACAAAGAGAGACCACAUGGGAAACUACUUGCAAAGGAAUUAGCAAGUUUUGGUAUGGAAAAUAGAAUAUUCCUGUUAACUCUAAAUUAUACACAUUGUUAUUUCUAACAAGAUUUCACUCUUUCAGAAAUAACCGAUCAAUUGGUAUGCAGAUUAUUUGUGUUACAUCUUGAGAAGGUUCCAAUUGAAUGGAACUGGGGUGAAUUUGUAUUUCUUACUUGCUAAUUCUUUUGCAAGUGGCCUCCCCGUGGGCUCUUUUAAUUGUGAUCUGUUUAUCCUUAGCCAAAAUGAACAGGAUGUAGGCCCUACGGUGCUGGAGUGAGCUAGAGCCAUCUUUAAGACCACAAACGUAAAUGAUGCCAAGUUAAAUUGAUAACCAAAUCAGUAUGAAACUGGACAGUUGAUUGGAUGCAAUUCAACUGGGCCACUUGGCUCAACUGCACUAUGCAGUUGUUAAUAGUCCACGGAAGUGGAAUAUUUUAAAUACAAAUUAUAGGUGUUGCAUUGUAAGGUGAAGAUUUAUAAUAUGUUACUUUUCCGAGAACUAUUCCAUUCAGAAGAACUGCUAACUUUGAGUAAUGUUAUAUAAUAGUUUUCUGAACACUAUUCCAGUCAUAAGGAGAGCAGCUAACGUUUGUUAUUACAGACUGAUGGUGGUGAGAAACACAGCAUUGAAGAAAAGCAAAAGUAUUUUUAUUCUGUGAUUGAACUAUUAAAAUGCAGGUGUUAUUACAUUCCUGGUGUUAUCUAUAGUAUUGUGACACAGCAAGCUAUCAUACAGAAUCCUUUACAUCAAAAUGUUUCAUUCUUUUGCUGGAGAAGCUUAUAAUUGGUGUCAGUUAAAGAAAGCAGUCACUACUUGUGAUGAUACAAUAUACUCUUGGGCUAGAAAUGAAGAAGGAAAUCAGAAUACUGGUGACCUUUGACCUAAAACUAAGCAGGUACAUGACAUCUUUGAGCAAAAAAAGUUGUGCAUUGGUGUUGUUCAUUGAAUGUUUAACUAUCAAAGGCUGCAAGAAUUAUAAUGGAUGAUUAUCCAGAAGAAACACUUGUAUCUGAAUGAAUAUAAUUAUAAUUGCAAUGGGAUUUUAAUUGGUGCUUUUCUUUACCUGUACUCCAUCACUAGAUUUUCACUGAUACCGAGGCUUUAACAAUUAUUUCUAAAAGAAAUUGUUAUGAUGCCAAAAACAUUUCUAAGGAAAUGUUUUAAAACAUGCCCCUCAGAACAGAAAUGUGAUAGCUUAAUAGUGUAAAACACUGAUUUUUAAUUUAGUGCUUUUUGUUUACUGCUUAUAAUUCAUUUUAAGUGCCUUUGUAUCACUUAUCAUUGACACAUCUGUUUAAAAAGAUCAAAGGUGUUUACCUUUUGAACUGUGGGGAGUUCUGUGAACUGGCAGUCCAGCUGGGGAGCACCUCGUGAAGCCAGCCAGCCUUAUAGCUGCUGUGGCAUGGGCAGCGUCCCAGGGUGCGUCUGUGGUAGCACAAAGGCCACUCUUUCAGAGCUCACGGAGGGCAAGUGACAGGAGACAAAGCUUCAAAUUUCACUACGUGCGCUUUUUGGAAUGGGGAGGUCAAUUCCAAGUGCACACUUUGCGCCGAAAAUUGUAUGAGGAACCACACUGUGAAAAAUAUGUAUGCUUCUAAUGAGAUCUAACACUUCUUGUCAGCAUCUUCUUAAAUAGCACUCUGUUUUAAGUGGUGUGUGGUUAGAGCAGUGCUUGAUUGCUGAUAAAAGAGCAGGUACUUUAUAGUUAGAAUUGUCCUCCAUCUGGAGAACUUUAAUAUUGGAUUACUUGUGAUGUACGUAAGCACUGGACACCCGAGAUUAUAUCUGCUUAAUAUAAAAAGAAUUGCAGCGAUUUAUUCUUCAAUGACCUUUUAAUAUAAUUUCUAAAUUUCCGGAUGAUCACCUACACAAUAAACACGGCAGCAUAUCAGGCAUCCCAAAAUAUUAGUUCAAAUAGUCCUGCUGAUUCCUGCAGAUUCUCACUAUCUUCUAAGAAGUACCAUUAAGUGUUUUGCUUUGUGAAUGGGGAGGAUGUGGAAAAAGUAACACACAAGAGUUUAUUUAUUGUGUUACUAAUUUGAUAGCGGCACUUAAUGCCUGGACAGGAGGCUCAGAUUCUGCCUGACAAUGGUAAGGUACUCACUAAAUUUUAAACUUGUCAUACGCUGCUGGGAGACAUGAAUGCCACAUGUUGAUAAAAGUUUGGAACUACAAGGUUAGAGUGAACUUUUUCUUCCCAAAAAAUCUUAAACAGAACAGUGGCAAGUCAUUGUGAAAUGGAAGCCUGUACCAGAAGUUGAAUAUUGCUCACAAGUAAAUGACUACAAUAUUUUUUUGCCUCAAAACAAAUGUGGCAAUUAGUUAUUUCUUUAAUGAGGGUUUGCUUUGAUUCAGUCACUGAUCUAGUCCAAGAGUAUACUUUAAAGCUAGACUUCUGUUUCCUUAAUUAUAAUGAACAUUAAAAAUGACAAGCAAAAGCUUUCUAAGGAACAGAAGAGCUCGGUUGAAACCAGUGCUGUCUGUCUGUGAAUGUCAGAAAGUGCACAUGCUUUUGUUCGCUAGUCUUAAGCUGAAACUGAAGAUUUAUGUACUGUAAGUAAAAUUAAUUCAUGUUUCAAACAAAAGACAGUAUAUUUUGUACUUUGUAACGUGUUAAUUAAAAAUAGAAAAAAAAUUUCAAAAGGCCAAUAAGUGUGCUUUUGUACUUGGAACAGUGUGUUAUUUUGCUGCUUUUGUGACUAUAGGCUAAAAUAAAUAAUUUGCUAAGGUCCUUCAA